GCUCCGGGAAAAGACAGGGAGACAAGGGAAGAGUAAAAACAAGAGGGCGAAUGAAAGCAAGAGAAACAGAGCAAAAAUAGCUGACAGAGAAUACAGUAAGGAAAUCUCUCUAGAACACAAAAAGGAAACUUGAAACAGGUAAGACUGACUAUCUGUAUUUUCAUAUGACUUUUAGAUUUAGCUAUUUUUAUUUUCAAACUCCACUUCUUUGUAUGUUUUAGAAAUGACAGCAGGAGGGAUGCUUUUAGCUUCACUGUUGUUCCUCAGUGCCAGUGUGCCAUGUUUCACAUUGUACAACAGCGGCGAGUGCUUCUUCAACACAAAAGGUACAGUGUGUUUGAAAAUGCAAAUGUGUUUCUGGUAGUCUAUGUGUUUAUGGCUAGUGGAAAGUAAAAUAUAAUAAAAUGCAUGACUGAGGUGGUUUUUUUUGAGGUUCCUUACAAAGGUUCCUUUAUAAUACAUGCAAAAUUUUUUUACAUAUCCCAACAGUGAAAACUGCUUUUUACACAAUAGUCUGUGUUUAUCUUCUAUUUAUGAUGAAACUGAUAGAUCUGAAUAACUAUACUAUUUGAAGUACAUUUAAUUAGCUAAUGUAGUUUAUCAGAGUACUGUUUAAAAGCCUGAUUCAUGCAAGUAUUUCACUGAGACUAAAUGAAUAAAUGUAAUUUGCAGGGCGCUGUGAACACAUGGGGAAGAUGUACAAUAUUGGAGAGAGCUGGAUAACCAGUGACUGUUACCAGUGUGUCUGCAUGGAGCCUUUUGGAGUUGGAUGCUGUGAGCAGUGAGUCUGAUUUUAAUUUUUUAUCAUCCCAAAAAUGAUCAGUUUUAAUGCCGGAUGAAUACUAAAUUCUUAUCAUCCCCUCAGUGGAUCACAACCUGUGGACUACCCAGACUGGUGCGAGAUCAUCCGUAAACCCGAUUCUUGCACAAGUGUUGCAGUGAUGAGGGUCAAUAAUAGACUACCCUGCCUCUGGGGACGAGGGCGUCUCAGACCAGCCUCAGGACAGCCAUGGAAGUCUGAUAACGAUCCUUUAUUUUGAAUGCAGUAAAUGACUGAAAAUAGCAAUAUCAUUGCAUCAUGUUAUUUUGCAGUUUAAUAAACUGAGAGUAUGAUUUCUGUUUGGAUAAGUUUGUGAGAGGUCUAUCAACCAUUAAAUCCAUUAAAUCUGUUCCUCCCCAUCCUUCUCAAGUCUAAAAUUGUACAGUUGAUGGUUGUUGUCGAAGACUCUUAUCAAGUGUCUGGUUUGUUUAUUGUUAAAAAUGUAAACUUUAAUUAAAAUGCAAGUUUAAUUUACUGCUUCUUGGCUUGUCAAAUGUGUGUGUCUUUUGGAUGUACUGUACCUAUAACAACUGUUUCAUGUCUUCUUUCCCCAAUGAUCAUAAAUUAUAAAAAUAAUGAGUAGGAUUUAAUUCAGAUCAUCUGUCUGUCAGAACCACAUAAAACAAAACCUUGGUGUGUUUAUAUGGAAGAGGAUUAGAGCCACUGAAAAAAAGGUCAGAUAAACAUUUUUUAAAGUAUUAUUCUGAGAAAAAAGGCAGAAUUCAGAAUAUAACUCAGAAUAAUAAUUCAAAACAAUUUUUUUUACCUUUUUUCCCCCAGUGGCCCAAUGAUAAAAUCUUUAACACUAUCCAUGUGAGCUUUUUAUCAUCAUCCUAUUAAAAUAAUGGCCUACGUCAUUUUUUGACAAAAAUGAGUUUUUGGCCUAAAUCAUCUCUUGAUAAUGCUGGCCAUCUCUGGUAAGAUUGCCUAAAUCUUUAGUUGAAGGGAUCAUGCGAUGAUAGGGUGAUGUUAAGCAGUUCAAGCAUGUUUAUUAAAUCUUCAUAGCCUUAUAUUUAAAGGCCUGUCCUUGCAAAUUUAUGAAUCACUAUUGCCACUCAGUCUGUUUUCCCAAAGAAUCACAUCAUCCUAUACGCCA